CAGCAGCAGCGGUGGCAACCCUGCGCACACUCGCAAACCUAUCGAAAAUUUUUAACCCCACGGUCGAUAAAACACUUUCGUUGCUUUUUUCCACAGUCGUGUACAAAAAAAGAAGAAAAAGUGCGAAUAAAACGAAAAUACAUAGUGUUUCGAUUGCUGUGAAGUGCGGAUUAAAGGUGCAAAUAUGCCCAGUUUGGAAAAGUGGCCAGCAAAAGCAAUAACAAAAUAGCAAAAGCAACAGCAACGUGUGUGUGUAGUAAGGUGUUUGAGUGUGCGUGUGUUGGUGUGCUCGGGGGUGGUGUGUGUGCGUGUGUGUGUUCGCCCGUCAGAACACCCGUGUCCAUAAAUUAGAAUCCAAAUCGACAUUGUGAAGCUCCGCCACCACAGCGAUGUCCGUCGACCAGGAUCAAUAACCACCAUCUACAUUCAUCAGCGGACCAUUAAGUUUUCCAUAUCGAGAGGAAACGGAAUCGGAAUCGGAGGAAUCACGCGCCAUAGCCACCCCAAUACGGAAAACGGCUGAAAAAUAGCCCGCUGUAGCAGCCCAUUCACCAUCUCCAACGAGGAAGAGGAAAAAGAAGCAGAAGCAAAAGGAGGAGGAGGAGGAGUCACCCACCACACACAGAUUGGGUAAAGCACCACCAACAUGGUGAGUACCAAUCUGGUGGUGCCAGUGGUGCUGUGGGGACCCACGGCGCCCACUCACUGCAUCUCGAGCGUGUUCCUCUCGGACGAUCAGUUCACCCUUGUCACCGGCUGCUACGAUGGCCAGAUCUGCCUGUGGCAGGUGGAGCCCACCACAUUGAAGAUGUCGCCUCGGUGCCUGCUGGUGGGCCACUCGGCUCCGGUUUUGUGCCUGGUGCGGGCCUCACUCCUGCCGGAGAACAACUUUCUGGUCAGCUCGUCGGAGAACGGCGAGAUGUGCACCUGGGACCUCACGGACGGCAAGUGCAUGGAGGCGGUUAAGCUGCCGCAGGUGCACACCCAGAUCCAGAGCUAUCACACGGCCAACAGCGAAGAUGUGCGCCUCUUCUGCAUUGGCUACUACGCCGAGAUCAUGGUCAUGGAUCCCUUCAGUCUGGAGGUGAUCUACGUGCUCAGCUCGAAGGUCAAACCGGACUGGAUUUCCGCCAUUCACGUGCUGCGUCCCAUGCGCCGCAAGGAUGACGUAGUGCUUGCCAUCACCACCACCGGAACCGUGAAGGUGUGGACCCUCACUGGGAACGAGAACAAGCACGCGGAGCCCAUUUACGAGAACGAGUCCAAGGAGAUCCGCUGCCUGAAUGCCAUAACCAUGAACUGCUGCGCCCAGAACCAGCGCACCGUUCUCUUGGUUUGCACGAAAUACUGGCAGAUCUACGAUGCCGGCGACUUCACCGUGCUCUGCUCCGUGAUUGCGCCGGCGAGGGAACGCUGGCAGGGCGGCGACUUCAUCACCUCGGACCGGGUCAUGCUGUGGACGGACGAGGGCAAGGGUUAUCUGUACAAGCUGCCCGCCAACUGCAUUCCGGACAACAAGGAGUUCCACUCGAAGAGUGUGGUCAGAGAUGCUCCGUAUCUAUACUAUGUGCUGCAGCAUGCGGGCGACAAGGUUUUGUCGUGCCCGCCAGCCAUGAAGCUGCUCCAGGGCGCCGGGGGUCAGCACAAUCUGCUGCGCGGCGACUCCGAGGGCUACAUCUCGGUAUGGAAUGUGCCGGAGGUGCCACUGGACAACAUAAGCAUACUGCAGGCCAAACAGAUGCCGCCGCGCGUCCUCAAGCCGCAUGUGUGCACCUCGCUGGUCGAGGCAUGGUCCAUCAUGGACCCGCCGCCCGUGGGCAUCCUGGACCAGCUGUCCCGCAUCACGGAGUCGCCGGUGAAGCUCACCUCGAGCAUCUAUCUGCCGCAGCAGAGUCGCCUGGUGAUCGGACGCGAGGACGGCAGUAUAGUCAUUGUGCCGGCCACCCAGACGGUGAUGAUGCAGCUGUUGGUGGGGAUCAAGCAGAACUUCAGCGACUGGCCCUCGCAUCAGAUCCUGUACGGCCAUCGUGGCCGGGUCAACUGUCUGCUCUGCCCCUCGAUGAUUCACUCGAGGUACGAGAAAUCCCAUCUGCUCUCCGGCGGAAUUGAUUUCGCCGUCUGCCUGUGGGAUCUGUACAGCGGCAGUUUGCUGCAUCGGUUUUGCGUCCAUGCUGGGGAGAUCACCCAGCUGCUGGUGCCGCCGGAGAGCUGUAGUCCCCGGAUCUUGAAGUGCAUCUGUUCGGUGGCCUCGGAUCACUCGGUCACCCUGGUUUCCUUGCAGGAGCGCAAGUGUGUGACCCUGGCCAGCAGACAUCUGUUCCCGGUGGUCACCAUCAAGUGGCGCCCGCUGGAUGACUUCCUCAUCGUGGGCUGCUCCGAUGGCAGUGUGUACGUGUGGCAAAUGGAAACGGGACACCUGGAUCGCGUGCUCCACGGCAUGCUGGCUGAGGAAGUGCUUUCCGCUUGCGACGAGCAAGCAGAGGAUGGCGGUUCGGGUGGCGGCGGCGGCGGUAGUGGAUCCAAUGGUGCAUCCGCCAGCGAAAUGGGCAUGGCCAAUCCAGCAGUGCACUUCUUCCGCGGCCUCAAAUCGCGCAACAUGAACGCCAUUCGCCAUGCCACCCAGCGCGGCAUUAACCAACUGCAGCAGCUUCAGGGUCACAAUCAGGGAAACUUCGACUUCCUGAUGAAACAUCGCAGCAAUCCGCUGGUGAUCCAGGGACUGCGCACCAACCCCAAGGAUGCUGAGAGCCACAUUCUCUUCUUUGACAUUGAGGGAUUGAUUUUCGAACUGCACAGCGAGGAAUACGCACAGAUGACACCGGCCACCUUAGAAUCUCUUGGUGUCCACCUGCAGAAUCCCAAGGAUGGCAAAUCCAUGCAUCUGGAUGCCAGCAAGAAGAUCGGUGACUUUUUCAGCAAGGUCAAGAAUAAGGCCGUGGAUGUGGAGAAGAUCCUGAAGGACAAGGACAAGCACGGGCUGGUGCAGAAGUUCAAGGAGAAGACGGAGAUUGUGGAGAAAAAGGUGCAGGCCAAGGUGGAGAGCCUGCAGAAAGCAGUGGAGCCGCACGAGGAGCAGCAGGAUUUAAAGAGCAAGAUCGCCUCCAAGAUGGAGGUCACGCACGUGAUGGAGGUGGCCCAGCUGCUGCUCUCGCUGCUUCAUUCCUGGGGCCUCGAUCCACAUCUGGACAAGAUGUGCGAGACGCGGCUGGGCCUACUGCGACCCAUUGUGCCCAUCUCGUACGGUGUGCUCUCGAAGGCCGGUUACAUGUCCCUGCUGCUGCCCACGUGGCAGAACAACUAUGCCAUACCGCCGGGCAUUCAGCUGCCCUCCAGCUCCAAGAAGCGUCCGCUGCCAGAGGAGCUGCAGCGGUUGGAGCACCUCACCGCCGUCUUUACAUCCCGUCUGCACUGGGAGCUGAGCACCACGUUGACCACCAAUCACAUUCUCGCCCUGGUGGCCAUGUCCAACACUCUGCUCUCGAUGAGCGCCGCCUCCUUUCUGCCGGACAGCGAGAAGCACAAGAAGCUGCAGCGGCUGGCCCAGCGCACCGACUCCACGCUGAGCAACGAGGAGGAGCGCGAGGAGCUGAUGGCCCACCAUGUCUCGCAGAUCAAGCACGCCUGGAGUCUGCUGGCCACCCACCACUGCUUCCUGCUGCCGGACAAGAUCGAGGCCCUGGAGCCAAAGAAGUUCAAGCGACCGCAGGUUGAGAUGAUGGUUAAGCGUUGGCAGCAUCACUGCAUCGAGAUCAGGGAGGCGGCGCAGCAGAUUCUCCUGGGCGAGCUCACCCGGAUGGGCAAAAAGGGCCGGAAGCAGCUGGUCGAGAGCUGGGCGCAGUAUCUGCCUCUUUAUACGCACACGGAGCCCAUUGUGGGUGCCCAGCAGCAGUUGGCGUUGAUAAGUCAGCCGGCAAGCGGAGGAUCUGCAUCCGGAUCGGGUGGCAAUGGUGGGGGAGUGGGCACUGCUGCCUCAGCCGGUGGCGGAACUGGAACUGGAGUAGGCGGCAAUGUUUCCGGAGGAGAUGCCCACCAAGAUGAGGACUACGAAGAGGAAGAAGAGGAGAUAAUACGCAAACCAUCCAGCUUGUCGGAGCUAAAACGGAAGCAAACGACCGCUGUUAUACUUUUAGGUGUCAUUGGAGCUGAAUUCGGUCAAGAUAUAUCGCAGGAUUCGCCGAAUCACCGUGGAAGCAUUAGCCUGGCCACAGGUGCCAAUCUAACCAGCGGUGUGGCUGGCGGAGAGCGCAGGAAAUCCAGUGUGGUGGAAGGUUUCGGCAUAGCCAACAACCUGGCCCGCCUCACCUCGAUGGCCUUGGCUCACCUGCUGUACGCCCCGCCGUCUCCCAAGUUGCCACAAUACACACCACUGCGGCGGGCAGCCAUCGAUCUGUUGGGGCGCGGAUUCACAGUCUGGGAGCCGUACCUGGAUGUGUCCAAGGUGCUGCUCGGCUUGCUGGAGAUCUCGUGCGAGGGCAAGGCAGUGCCGAAUCUGAACUACAAACUACCACUGACCCCACAGGCGGAUGCCUGCCGCACGGCCAGGCACGCCCUGCGCCUGAUAGCCACCGCCCGGCCGGCGGCCUUCAUCACCACAAUGGCCCGCGAGGUGGCCAGGUACAACACGAUGCAGCAGAAUGCCCAGUCCAUUAACACGCCUCUCACCCAAUCGGUGCUGCACAAGGCCAAGGGCGAGAUCCUGCAGUGCGUGGAGAUGCUGAUCGACAAGAUGCAGUCGGAGAUCGCCGGCCUGCUGGUGGAGGUGAUGGACAUAGCCCUGCACUGCGUCGACAGCAACGAGCUGAAGAGUCGUGGCCUGGCGGAGCUGUGUCCGGCCAUCUGCAAGUUCAACCAGAUCUCGCACUGCGCCCAAACGCGUCGCAUUGCCGUCGGCGCGAAUAGUGGAAAUUUGGCCAUCUAUGAACUACGGCAGAACAAAUGCCAGAUGAUUCCGGCGCACACGCAUCCCAUCACCUCUCUGGCCUUCUCGCCUGAUGGCAAGUACCUGGUCUCGUAUUCCUGCGCCGAGAACCGCCUCUCCUUCUGGCAGACCUCGACGGGGAUGUUCGGAUUGGGACAGUCGCAGACGCGCUGCACCAAGGGCUACUCCACCGCGCCCAUUCCGGAUGUGUCGCGCCUGAAUCCGAUGCGACUGGCCAAGCUGGUGUGGAUUAAUAAUCGCACGGUAACCCUUAUGCUGGCCGAUGGCUCCGAGACGCGAUUCAAUGUCUAAGAUGGAACAGGAAGAGGAGGAGAUCCAAGGGAGAGAGUCCUACGGGACAGAAUGUAGCAUGUUAUUAGGCAAUCAGCGCGGGCUUUAAAAGCAGCGAUUUGGAGGAGAAAAAGGAGGAUGAGGAGGAGGAGGUGGAGGUGGAGUAGCAGUAGGAGGAGCAGAAACGACAAAACAAUAAUUAUUCAAAAAUAAAACGAAAACCAGAAACGUCUGGCGUUUCGUUAAAAAUAAUUAAGGCAAAGGAAACAAAGAAAAGCUAAGCAACACAUUAAGUCAAAGCAAAAAACAAAACAAAAUUAAAGCUAAUGAAAAAAUCUAAGCAAAAAUAAUGCAAACCUUAAUUCGCAACACAUUUUGUUAUUUAUUUAUAUACUACCCUAUAUAUCUGUAUAUCUUAUCUGUAUCUGAAUGUAUUUUAAUGUAUUACACGAUUUUAAUAUGCCCUUUAUUUUCCCCUUUCUACUACGUCCAUUUUAUUUUUUAGUGCUAAACUUUUACCUACCCCCAUACUCUUUAACCACGUGUUUCUGUUUGUUGUUGAUUUCCAAUGCGGAAAAAACAAAAAACUAAAUCCAAAUAUUAACAAAGUAAACAAUAAUUAACCAGAUGCAAGCGCAAAACAACCACACGAGAAACAACAAAGGAAAUGAAAAACGAUAAAAAACAAAGAAUGAAAAGCUGUUAUUAUUAUUACACAACUAUUAUUAUUACUAUUGUAUGCUACUAUUAUUAUUAUUGAUAUUUGUUAUGCCUAAUGUAUUGUUAUAUUAUAUAUCUAAAAGAAAACUUAACAAGUGUAUUGAGCAAAGUUACGAAACAAAAAAAAAAAACAGCAACAAAAAGAAAAACUAACACUAAUUAACUAGAAAGCGAACAGUUUUUUUUUGUAACAUUUAAUUAUUGUAAUUCCUAUAUAAACUCUUCUUUCGAUGUAAUAUUUCUGCUUAAGCGUGUGUAAAAAGUCUUUGUUGUUCUGUGAAAAUUGUAUAGGAAAAUCUGUUUAUAAAAUACAACACACCAUACACACACACACAUAAUUUAUUUGCGGCGGUAAUAUAAUAUGCAUCGAGCGAAUAACGGUAUUCGGGGGCCUGAGAAGUAAACUGUCAAACCCAGAAAUGCCUACAACUGUACGAGAAAAACUAUUUAUCCUAACUAUAUACAUAUACCCAACUGAAUUUGCAAUAUGUGUUCGUUUACGUAUUCAAUACAACACAAACAAGCAAACACACACGUGUACUAUGUGAGAAAGUUAAUUGAAAAUUGUAUUUGUGCUUAAUUUCAAUUACGAAUUAUAUAUAUAUUUACAAGCAGAAGAUACAUGCAUACUUAUAUACGAGAUCCUUCAAUCAAAGUAUUACACAAACAAAACGAAACGAAGCAACUACAACAAUUAUGUACGGAGUAUACAACAAAUAAAGUGAACCAAACAUGAGCAAA